AGAAACAGAAACUUCAUUCCACAGUGGAGCUGCUGCUGUAUGGAUCUCUGACUGCGCUGGUGUUUCUGUCGUGGUGAUUGUGUAUCUGCAGUAAAAUGGCCAGUGUUUCAGUGGAUCAGUUCAGCUGUCCAGUCUGUCUGGACGUCCUGAAUAAUCCAGUGACCACUCCCUGUGGACACAGCUUCUGUCUGGUGUGUAUUAAUGGCUGCUGGGAUCAGGAGGAUCUGAAGGGGGAGUACAGCUGCCCUCAGUGCAGACACUCCUUCACUCCAAGACCUGUUUUAUCCAAGAACGUGAUGCUUGCUGAAAUGAUGGAGAAGCUGAAGAUCUCAGCACCUGCUGAGUUGGUGGAUUGUGACGCCUGCAUUGGGAGAAAACUCAGAGCCGUCAAGUCCUGCCUGGUGUGUCUGGCCUCGUACUGUGAGACUCACAUCCAGCCUCACUAUCAGUCUGCUGCCUUUAAGAAGCACAAGCUGGUCAAAGCCUCCAGAUGCCUCCAGGAGCAGAUCUGCUCUCAGCAUGAGAAACAUCUGGAGGUUUACUGUCGCACUGACCAGCAGUGUAUCUGCAUACUGUGUACCAUGGAUGACCAUAAAGGACACGAUACAGUACCAGCUGCAACAGAACGAGCUGAGAAACAGAAGAAGUUCGUGGAGACCAAGAGAGAAUUCCAGCAGAUAAUCCAGGAGAGACAGAAGGAAGUCGAGGAACUGAGGAAGGAUAUGGAGUCUCACAAGCGCUCUGCUCAGACAGCAGUGGAGAACACUGAGAAGAUCUUUACUGAACUGAUCUGCUCCAUUGAGCGAAGACGCUCUGAGAUAUCAGAGCUGAUCAGAGCUCAGGAGGAGGCUGCAGUGAGUCGAGCUGAAGGAGCCCUGAGGAGACUGGAGCAGGAGAUCUCUGAGCUGAGGAGGAGGAACACUGAGCUGGAGCAGCUUUCACUCACUGAGGACCACAUCCAUUUCCUCCAGAGUUUCCAGCCUUUCUCAGUUCCUCCUGGAUCUGCAGGAUUGACCUCCAUCAUAUUCAGUCCUAAUGACUCUUUUAAGGAGGUGUUAAACUCUGUGUCUCAGCUGAGAGAGAAAGUGGAGCAGCUCUGUGAAGAGGAGUUUAGAAAUAUCUCUAGUGGAGUAAUUGUUACAGGAGAAGACUCAGAGCUGUUAUCUUUGCAAAGGGAGGCUGCACAAAAGGUGGAGAAUGUGUUUGAGGACCAGCCGUAUCCAGAUCAUCCAGACAGAUUUGAGUACUAUGCUCAAGUUCUGAGUGUGGAGAGUCUGACUGGACGCUGUUACUGGGAGGUUCAGUGGAACGGAGAUGGAGCUGAUAUAUCAGUAUCAUACAGAGGAAUCAGGAGGAAAGGAGUCAGUGACGACUGCUGGCUUGGAUACAAUAAUCAGUCCUGGAGUCUGAUCUGCUCUGAUAGCAGAUUUUCUGUCAGACACAAUAAACAGGAAACUGAAUUACCUGGCUACGCCUCCCGCUCUAACAGAGUAGGAGUGUAUCUGGACUGGGGGUCCGGCACUCUGUCCUUCUAUACCAUCUCCCCUGAUACACAAACACUGACCCACCUACACACACUCACCACCACAUUCACUGAACCGCUCUACGCUGGAUUCUGGGUUUAUCCUGAUUCCUCAGUGCAUCUGUGUGAGAUAGAAUAAAUUCUAUACAGAGAAGCCUGCUGAGUUCUGGAGAAAAAUAGUUCUAGAACACACAAUCUCUCCUA